UGAAUUUUAACCGCUGCGUAUUUGUUGUUGUACUACUUUAAAAUAUAAUCUCUCCACAGUAUUAUAUGUAUUUAUUUUUAUUUAUUUUUAUUAUUAUUAUUUUUGGUGCUCCGGGAUCUUCUCCGCCGCUUUGGCCGCCGGAAUAUUCUACUCGGACAGCUUCUGCGCGGUCCUGCUCUGGUUAUUGAGUGAGUUUUAUUUUUUCAGAUUUAUCCUCGGUCGCGGUAGAUCUGGAGCUGAUUUUUUAGAAUCGGAAGAUUUUGUGGUCAUGAGGUGAUUCUGACUUCCGGAUCUCGGAUGACAACGGAUGUGCUUGCUUUGUGGUUUGAACUGUUUCCGAGCAUACUCCACAUGUAGUUUCCUGGCUUGAGAAAGUUUUGGUAUCGUAUCUAAAACUCGAGAUGGGAUCCACCGUAGAGGAAGCAGUUAGAGCUAAAGUGCAUGCAGAGAAACUAUAUUGCGAGAAAAACUUUGUGGGUGCAAAGAAUUAUGCUUUAAAAGCUCAAAUGCUGUGUCCUGACUUGGAGGGCAUAUCUCAAAUGGUGGCCACAUUUGGAGUCUACAUGGCUGCUGAGGCGAAACUUAAUGGUGAGCUGGAUUAUUACUUGAUUCUUGGACUAGACCCAUCUUCAGAGAGAUCUAAAUUAAAGAAACAAUAUAAGAAGUUGGCGGGGCUGCUACACCCUGAUAAGAACCAAACUGUUGGAGCUGAUGGAGCAUUCAGGCUGGUUUCUGAGGCAUGGACCAUUUUGUCUGAUGCUGCUAAAAGAAGCUCGUAUGAUCAUAGGAGGAAUUAUUUUGCUAGGUACAAUGCUGGGGCUGUUGGCUGUGAUAACUAUUCCAAGUUAUCGUCUUCUCACAGCAGACUUGAUACAUUUUGGACAGUUUGUACUUCUUGUCAUGUUCAGUAUGAGUAUCUGCGGAAGUAUGUUAACAAGCGGCUUUCUUGCAAGAACUGUCGUGGUGUUUUUGUUGCUGUUGAGACUGGGUUGUCCCCGGUAAAUGGUUCUUUCCCAUAUAAUACCAAUUACUCUUAUAUGCCUGAUAACGGUUAUGGUAGUCAUGGUUAUGGAAUGACGUCUGUUUCUUCGACUGCUGGAUAUUGUCCCCCUAAUGGGACUUCAGGACGUCACGGUGGGUACAGGCCUGAAUACUCCUCGUCUACUAUAUCGUUUCAGGGUAGUUGCUCAUCCGGAAAUUCAGUCAGUUUUGCAGAUCCGAAUGGAUUAUCAAAUUCUUUUGUGUUCUAUGAAUCAGGCAAAAGGAAGACUCACGACAAAGAUCACUCAGUGAAGGCUGCAGCUCACCUUGGCUCUAAUGGAUAUUCUUAUACGGAUCAGAGUGAAGCGGCUAAAUCAAAGCGCGGGAGACCUGCAAAGAAGAGAAAAGUAGAAUCGACUCAUGAAGAGUUACCCCCAGACAUCGUUGUGGAAUUCAAAAUUACCCAUGGAAAUGUAACUCCAUAUCCUAGUCCUAAGCUCUCAUCCCAGUCAGACACUUUGGCCAGUCGAAGUCCUGUUCCCCCUUCAGUUGAUAUUAGACAGUUGCUCAUUAACAAGGCGAGAUCUGAAAUCAUUCCCAAACUAGAUGGAAUGAGAUUAGCUUCUGAAGCUGCAGCUGCAGCUGCGGAGGCCAAGAAAAAAGUGCUCGCUAAACAAUUAGAACUGAAAAGAGCCAUGUCCAUGUCGAUGAUAGUUCCCAAUUCCGAUUUUCAUGAUUUUGACAAGGAUAGAGCUGAAGAAUGCUUUUAUCCAAAGCAGAUAUGGGCUCUGUACGAUGAAGAAGAUGGCAUGCCCCGUUUGUAUUGUCUAAUUCGCAGUAUCAUCUCGGUGAAGCCGUUUAAAAUCUAUAUCAGCUACUUGAGCGCAAGAACUGAUACUGAAUUUGGAUCUGUGAAUUGGUUAGAUUCAGGGUUUACCAAAUCGUGCGGAAAUUUUCGAGUGUUCCAUUCUGAGACAAUUGAACAAGUGAACAUAUUCUCCCAUGUUUUGAGCCGGGAGAGGGCGGGAAGAGGGGGUUGUGUGAGAAUCUACCCAAGGGGAGGUGAUAUUUGGGCGAUGUAUGAAAAGUGGUCUCCGGAUUGGAACCGGUCAACCCCAAGUGAAGUGAGGCACCAGUAUGAGAUGGUGGAGGUUCUUGAUGAGUAUUCGGAAGAGAAUGGUGGUGUACAUGUAGCGCCUUUGGUUCAAGUUGAGGGGUUUAAGAUGGUAUACCAACGAAACAGGAAUAAGGAUGUAAUUCGAUGGAUUCCUAGAAGAGAGAUGGUGCGGUUCUCACACCAGGUGCCCUCUUGUUCGCUUAAACCCGGCAAUACCAUGAAUUUACCAGAGGGUUGCUGGUUUCUUGACCCUGCAGCAACCCCACCCGCCCUACCACAACUACAACUACAACUACAACUUGAACGAGAUUGAGAAUGAGAGAAGAUGAAAACUUGUUUAACAGCAAUGGAAAUAAAUUCCAGCCAGCUAAGAGAUGGAAACUGCAUCCUGACAGACAGGUGAUGUCUUUCUUUCUUUCUUUCUUUCUUUCUUUUUCUUUGUUUGUGAAAUUGUAUAGAGAGAGAGAGAGAGAUUAGAAGAAGAUAGGCAAGUUGAAGAAGAAGUUUAACCAUGCAUGCAUGUCACUGGAUUUGAAUUUGAGUUUGAAUUUGAAUUUGAAUUUGUAUUUGUAUUUGGAGAUAGAUGAUGUUGUUCUGGUUCCGGUUCUGGUUCUGGUUCGACUCUUUAUUCAACUAUCGGCUGCUCUGCUGUCUGAAUUCUAGACGAUUUUCGUGUCAUUCA